AUGGCGAGGAGAGGCAGAGAGAAAUUUUGGAGAGAAGGGGGAAGAGAGGAGGGAAAUGGGAAGAAGGAAAGGGGAGAAUUAGACACCCUACAACUCGAGUUGCAAGAAAUCGCGCCGGAAGCCGAAGUAGAUGUAGAGACGGAGCCCCAAAAGAAGAGCCAAAAUGGAAGCAAUUUGGCGUCCGAAUUUAGUUUCUUCGACAAGCGGCGGCCUCUGAUUCUAUUGGGACUGCGAAUCUUUUCAACUACAGCCCGCUCAGGACUGAUGACUUUGGAAGCUGAUAAAGAUGGGAUUUUUCAUUUCAAGAGAGAAAUCAAAAGAUGGGAUUUUGGAGGUGGAGCUCCUUCUGGGGAGGAGGAGAAGGUCCUUCUUCGGGCUUCGGGGGCAACCAGUGGGAUUGGGAAGGAGACUGCGAGAGUUCUGGCGCUGAGGGGCGCCACUGUCGUCAUUCCAUGCCGGACACUAAAGAGUGGCAGGAAGGUGAAAGAAAGCACUUUGGAGCAAAACCCCGACGCCAAUAUUGAUAUCCUGGAGAUGGAUCUGAGCUCACUUGAUUCGGUCGAGCCUUUUGGCCCGCGCUUUUAA